AUUAAAGAACUCUGCAAACCAGUUUUUGGUUGUAUAUAAAAUGGCCUUCCACUGAUGGUAUUCGAAUCAGUAUUUAGCUUCCGACACUGCAGCCACAAGGCAGUUGAGUUCGGCAGCAUCAUGAAGCGCUUUCUAGUAUCGUUUGUAGUGCUGGUGGUGGCCGCCAUUGCAGUGGCCGAGACAAGUCCCAAGUGCACGGUCUCCGUAACUACGGCUAGUGGAUCGCAGGCUCGCCCUGGGCCCUACUGCUCCGGUGAACUGAUCUUUGAGGAUAACUUUAACUUUUUGGACUUCGAAAAGUGGGAGCACGAGAACACCCUCAGUGGCGGUGGGAACUGGGAGUUCCAACGGUAUCUGAACCACCGUUCCAAUUCCUACUGCGAGAAUGGUAUCUUCUACAUUCGCCCAACUCUCUUGGCCGAUGAGACCGGAGAAGCGUUCCUGAGCAGCGGCACUCUGAACAUUCACGGUGGACAACCGGCGGACCAAUGUACUAGCCCGAUAUUCUGGGGCUGUGAACGACAAGGCACCCCGACCAACUACAUCAAUCCGAUCAAGAGUGCCCGAGUACGUACGGUAGAAUCGUUCAACUUCAAGUACGGUACGCUGGAAGUACGUGCUCGUAUGCCCACGGGCGAUUGGUUGUGGCCUGCCGUUUGGUUGUUGCCCAAGCGCCAAGUGUACGGUAUGUGGCCGGCUUCCGGUGAGAUCGAUCUGCUGGAAUCACGAGGCAACAUUGAUUAUCGCGAUGGCAACGGCGUGCACAUCGGCACGGAGCAGUUCGGUUCUACGUUGCACUUCGGUCCAAGCACAUUGCUGAACGGAUGGGAGACCACGGUCGCCUACAAGAACAGUCCCGCGGGACAGGGCUGGAACACGGGUUUCCAUAACUAUCAGCUCAGCUGGACACCGGAUUACAUUCGCUUCUCGGUUGACAAUCAGCUUGUGCGACAGAUCGACGCUGGUACCGGUUUCUGGAAUCGUGGUAACUUCGGCAACAUCGCACCGGGCACUGAGAAUCCCUGGAUGCACGGUACGCGCAUGGCGCCGUUCGAUCAGGAGUUCUACAUCAUUAUGAAUCUGGCGGUCGGUGGUACGAACGGAUACUUCCCGGAUGUGCCCCCAGCAACUAACACCAACCGUGGCAAACCGUGGGCCAACAACUCACCGUCGGCGGCACGUGACUUCUGGCAGGGACGCAAUUCGUGGCUGCCAACCUGGCGUAUGACCACCAACCGUGGCAAGGAAUCAUCGCUGCAAGUUGACUAUGUCCGCGUCUGGGCUCUGUAA